UCAUCUCAUUUGAAUCCACAAAUUCCUCUACAUCUCCCUCUCUCUCCUUCACUCAGAGCACCUCUACUCCAUCCUCAUGGCCACCGGCGUGCUCUUCUCCUCCUCCUCCUUCCUUUCCACUCUCCCUUGUAAGCCCCAUCAUUCUAUCCCCUUGAAGAAGAGACCAAAAAGGGUAUCUUUUGUUGGUUGCAGCAGCAGCAGCAGUGAGGGCUCUGGUGAGAGCCAGAAUCAGAGCGGAGGAGCUGAUGACAAGCCUUCUUUCAAUCCAUUUGGUUUUGUCACUGAUAACCCUUCUAGCCGCAGCGCCAUCCAACUAUCCGAGUCCCCUGCCGAGGCUGGGAAUGUUGGCCAGAUGCUUUAUAGGAUAGAAGACAAGGGUAAAGAUUAUGGCACUUAUGUUAAAGCUGGUAAAUUUCGGUGGUUUGUGAGAGAAACAGGAACAUCGAAUAGCCGCAAUGGGACCAUUGUAUUCAUCCAUGGUGCUCCAACUCAAUCAUAUAGUUAUCGAGUGGUUAUGUCUCAGAUGGCAGAUGCUGGCUACCACUGUUUUGCACCUGACUGGAUAGGAUUUGGAUUUAGUGAUAAACCCCAACCAGGAUAUGGAUUUUCUUACACUGAAGAGGAGUUCCAUGUAGAAUUUGACAGGCUUCUUUCCGUGCUUGGUGUCAACUCACCUUUCUUCUUAGUAACCCAGGGUUUUCUUGUGGGUUCAUAUGGAUUAACCUGGGCUGUGAAAAACUCAGAUAAAGUUUUGAAAGUUGUCAUUCUGAAUACACCAUUAUCUGUUUCGUCUCAGCUACCUGGGCUUUUUCAGAAGUUGAGAAUUCCUCUUUAUGGUGAAUUUACUUGCCAAAAUGCAGUUAUGGCUGAGCGUUUUAUUGAAGCAGGUAGCCCAUACGUACUGAAGUUGGAUAAAGCAGAUGUAUACAGACUACCAUACUUGGAAAGUAGUGGCCCUGGAUUUGCAAUUCUUGAAGCUGCAAGAAAAGCAAAUUUCAAAGAUAUAUUGACCCGGAUAGAGACUGGAUUUUCGUCUGUGAGUUGGGAAAAACCUUUACUUGUUGCAUGGGGCAUAUCUGACAAAUACCUGCCCAAAGCUGAAGCAGAGGAAUUUCAGAAGAGAAAUCCUGGUGUUGUCAAACUUAAUAUCAUAGAAGGUGCUGGUCAUAUGCCACAAGAAGACUGGCCUGAGAAAGUUGUUGAAGCUCUGAGAGUGUUUCUGUAAAUUCAAUCAUGAAGAGUAGAGACAUCAUAUUAGCUCUGUGUGCAUCUGAGGAUAUGGAAAGGAUAUUUGUGCUUGGAUAUAUAUGGUGUUCUAACUGCUAGUUUGCAUAUAGCAUGGUGGGUCCGUGAUUCUUAUGGAAACAACGGUCAGACUAUCUUUUUUCAUUUCCUUUUCUUUGUAGAUGAAAUACGGUCCUGUGUCUUGUACUGAAUGGCAGUUUCAUGAAGCAUAUUAUAAAUGGCGCUUUUCCUGAAAAUGUGCAAUUGGAUGGACAUGUGGCCUUGUGAGUAUGUGUGCAGGUCUGAAACUCUUCAAAUUCUGCCAUCAGUGUCAAAGACUACUGUACUGAAAAAUGGAAUCUCAAAAUUUUAGUAGUUAAUCCAAUUGGUAUGCCAUCAGUUUAUUCUUCCAA